UUGUAUGGAAAAGAAAUUUGCUGAACCGUUGAUUUUAGUCAUGGUGAGACAGCAAUGUCUAUGACAUUGUUGUUUUAGCCAAUAUCGUGCAUUUUCUGAGCCAGAUAUUUUAUUACAUCCAUUGUUAAAGAUAAAGCGCUGCAGAUCUUUUCAAAUUUGUGAGGAGCCGUCUCAAACCUCAAGACAACGUUUCUGGGGACACUUGUACUGGAACACUGGAUCAGAAUAUCAACUUGGGCCUACGUUCUAGGUUCACAACAUUGAAUCUCGGUUCUUCCGGGAUCCCGCUCCGUGGACAGCGCUGCCCACCAAAUCCUUUCAUCAUGCCGUCUCGACGGCGCAGACGUGAGGCCACAGUCCCUGAUGAGGUUGCACCCAAGCGCAGCCGUACUCAGACACCCAGCAAAGACACAGCCACAGAGUUCAGCAAAAAGCGAUGCUUGACUUGGUUCCAAGAAUAUUCAGGUCCUGAUGAUGACUGCCUUGGUCCUGAAGGAAUGGAAAAAUUUUGUGAAGACAUCGGAGUGGAGCCAGAGAAUAUUGUAAUGCUGUCCUUGGCCUUCAAGCUUAAUGCCAAACGUAUGGGAUUCUUCACAGCUGAGGAAUGGAUGAAGGGCAUGACAGAACUACAGUGUGACACAAUAACUAAGCUUCAAAACCGACUGGACUACCUGAGAGCUCUGUUGAGUGACCCGACGUGUUUUAAAAACAUCUACAGAUUCGCCUUUGACUUUGCCAGGGACAAAGACCAAAGAAGCAUGGACAUUGAAACAGCGAAAGCUAUGCUGUCGCUGGUGCUUGGGAAGAACUGGCCUCUCUUUUCUUCUUUUCAUCAGUUUUUGGAGCAAGCCAAGUACAAAGUGAUCAACAAGGACCAAUGGUGCAACAUUCUGGAAUUUAGCCGUGCCAUACAGUCAGACCUAUCCAACUAUGACGAGGAUGGUGCCUGGCCCGUCAUGCUGGAUGAGUUUGUGGAGUGGCUCAAGGAUCAGCGUGGUGUCUCUGGGGAGUCGGGCAUGCCUACCUAGUGUUGAUGUGUAUCAAAGUCUUCUGAGAUGCACACAGGAAAAGUUCAGGUCUGUUAUGGGAAAACAUUCCAGCUUGUGUAUUCUUCUAGCUGUCAGAAUUUUAUGCUAAAUUAAAUUGGUUUAACGCCUCUA